UCAUACCAGCAACCCGCAACUCUUUGGAGCGUUGGCGGCUGAGUACAUUCGCUCGUCAGUUGCGCACAUCUCAACUGCUGGCGAGUUUACUCGAUCGCAUAUUCUACGCCAUCAACGAGACCAUGCAGUUCAAAGGAGGUAUCAGUAUUGCCAAGAAUGUGCUAGAGAAUGUCGUCUCGCUGCAGGACGCAGAGCUUUGCCGUCUGCGCCAUGAAAUGAAAGUAGCCAAGGUACGAGAUGCACCGUGCUCCAGAAGGUUACUGAUAGAUAUAUGCAGGACGAGCUGAAGGAGCGUCACGACAUACGGGAUUUGAUUGAUGAAUUACGGAACAUUGUCAAAGAAGGUCGUGACACUAAAUGCGAUCAAGAGUUACGCAAAAAAUUGUCUGCUGUAGAAUCUAUCACCAACCAGCUGCGAUCGCAGCUACGUGACUCGCAACAUCGAAUCUGCGAGCUCGAGGCAUCCAACGAUGUGCUGAAAGAGAAAGCAACGCGGGCCGAGACUGCUCGGUCGGGUUCAGACGAGGACCUGCGCCGGGCAAAGGCGCGUUUUGUAGAAGAGGCAAGGCAGAACACUCUCCGCCUCCAGGAAACAGAUGAUGAUGUAUGCUUCCUCGAGAACAUGUUGGAUGAGAUGGAAGACAGAGCUCGGGGUGCUGAGCAGGACCAAGGAUGGCUAGAGCAUCAGCUAGCUUUAUGUUCUCAACAUAUUCAGGAAUUGCUCGGUGAGAUAUCGGACCAGCAGAAAGUACGUCAACAGAUUGAAGACAAUGCAACAACUGCGUUCUUGCGGGGGUCUAGUCUCAACAAAUGGGUGACGCGUAAGACACAAGAAGAGCUGGCCAAAGCCAAGGCCAAAGAAGCAUCACUUUUAAUCGAGGUCGUCGAGUUGAAGGAGCAGAUCGGCAACAGUGAUAAGGCGGAGGCUUCUGAGAAGCCAAAUAUCGAAAGUGGCAUCGCUUCUCAAGGGGGUGAGUGUCCGAGCGAUGAUGUCGUGGUAGGAAAUACCGCCUCGUUGUCUACUAUCAGCCAUGACGACCCUCGCUUGUACAUGACACCGGGAGGCGUCCUGGAAGAUAUGUUCCGAGCGUUGUCCAACAAGGAGCCCAAUCUUCGGGUACUCAGCGAGUUUUUGGGUAUCCGGAACAUCGUCAUCGUAACUCCUGCUGAGUUUGUGUGGGCUAGUUGUCCGGAUACGGGGCACUUUGUCAAACCGGCAUUAUUUCAUGGCAAGGGGGGAAAGUGGCAAGACGCGAAGUUAAAGUCCAUCAAGCGGCUCCAAAAGCAAGGACCUACUGAGGUCAUUCCUUAUUUCUCGGGAGCCUACUACUACGUAGGCACCUAUACUGUGGGGGAAGCAGAGCAUAUGAAUGUCGAGGAAUUUGAACGGCUUCCCGAGAAGACGCAACGAGGAGUUGUCGGUUCGUCAGGGAAGCCGACGGAGUACGGAUCUCUGAGAGAGUUGUACUUGGGUGGGAAGCUCUCUGCACUCAAGUUCCCGGUGCGGAGAACUGGCUUCAACUCGAAGCUGAAUCGAUAUCUGCGUCAGAACGCCUGACGAACACACCGAAUGAAUGAAACCGAGCAUUUGGUAUAUGUCUAUCCUUCGUUAUAGUACGCUCAAAUACCGCAAUGACUUCGUACGAUCCCGAUUCCCAUACACGUGGAAGUUCACGAGAAU